AUGGACACAUAUGAUGUUGCAGUAGUAGGACUCGGCGUCCUGGGAAGUGCAGCAAGCUACCAAGCGGCUCUCAAAGGCGCCAAAGUCCUCGGACUCGAGCAAUUUGAAUUCGGACACGUCCAGGGCGCAUCCCACGACACAUCGCGCAUCGUCAGAAAAUCAAAUUCCGAGCCAGAGAAUGUCAAGCUCGUCAAAUCUGCUUAUAAGGACUGGGCUGAGCUGGAGAAGCUCACUUGUCAAAAGCUGUUGACCACGACCGGGGGUCUUUUCUUCCUUCCCAAGGAUGCUCCCUAUCCUAUUGAUAGCUAUGUGAAAUCUCUCCGUCAAAAUGAUGUUCAGCAUGAGGUCCUGGACCACAAAGAGGUGAACAGGCGAUGGCCUCAAUUCAAUGUCCCAGAGUCUGUCGAAACGGUAUAUGACCCGGACAGCGGUAUCGUCCACGCCGCGAAAACUGUAAUGGCGAUGCAGAAUCUCGCACGCUCGAAGGGCGCUACUUUGAAGGAUCAUACUCGCGUGGACCGUGUUACCCCCAAAGCCUCCGGAGGGAUCGUGAUCGAGACAUCAAAGGGGACCUUCUACGCAAAAAAAGUGAUUCUCACAACCGACGCAUGGACGAAUAAGCUCCUCGCACCACUCGGCGUGCACAUACCUCUAAAGGUAAUGCAAGAACAAAUCACAUACUUCAAGCCAACGGACCCAUCUGCCUUUGAUCAAGAGAAAUUCCCGGUCUGGAUCUGGGGCGGUCCGCAGACUUACUACGGAUUCCCGACUUACGGCGAGCCAACCAUUAAGGCAGCGCACGACCAGGCAAUGAAUCUCAUGACUCCCGAGAAUAGGACCUUUGUGCAUUCCCCGGAGUUGUUGGAGGAGUUGUGUACCUUCCUUCAGGGUCUAAUGCCUGACCAGGGUCGCCAGCCUCUUCGCACUAUCACCUGCCAGUAUACCAUUACACCGGAGCGUCGGUUCAUUAUUAGUCCUUUGGAGAAGAACCGGGAUGUUAUUGUGGGACUUGGUGCAGCGCAUGCGUUCAAAUUUGCGCCUGCUUUUGGACGCGCUCUUGCGGAGCUGGCUGUUGAUGGGGAGACUAAGGAGGAUAUCUCGAAGUUCGGGAUCCCGAAAGACUCGAGUGGGAUCAGUAAGCUCUGA